CAUUACUAAUAAAACGUCGUCGUGUCGGCUUGUAAUUUUAUGCAGAUGAAAUUGAGAUCUUCUCUCUGUAUUUAAUGAUCGAUGGCGAAGAUGCAGAGCUUCUCUUACUCAUUAUCUUCCUCUUCCAUAUUCAUCAUCUGAAUUCGCCUGAUCCACCAGAUAAUUAAUUUAUAGCUUUGAUUAUCAUGUUGAUCGGAUUACCGGUUCGAUUUGCGCUCGUUGCUUUGUAUGUAAUUUGUCUAUCGACUUGUCUGGUUCGUGCUCAAAAUCAAACGGCAGCUACUACCGAUCCAGACGAAGCAAGAACUCUGAAUUCAAUAUUCUCAAAAUGGGGAAUAACGGCCCAACCGGAGUGGAAUAUCAGCGGAGAGGUUUGCAGUGGCGUGGCAUUAUCAACUGACGCUACCGUUAUCGACGAUCCUGCUUUCAACCCUUUCAUCAAGUGUGAUUGCUCUUUUGAUAACAACAAUCUCUGUCACAUCAAAGAACUGAAGGUUUUCGCACAAUCCGUCGAGGGACCAAUUCCUGAUGAGCUAUGGACUCUGACUCAUCUCACCAAUCUGAAUUUAGGCCAAAAUGUCUUGACAGGUUCCUUGUCUAGAUCUAUUGAAAAUCUGACACGCAUGCAAUGGCUGAACUUGGGCAUCAAUGCAUUAUCAGGAGAGAUUCCCAAAGAAGUUGGAAUGCUUACUGAUUUAAGAUUAUUUGCUAUUGGGGCAAAUAACUUCUCUGGUUCUCUCCCUCCUGAUCUUGGAAAUUGCCGGAGACUAGAACAACUUUUUAUAGAUAGCUCUGGGGUUCGUGGCGAGAUACCUAGAACAUUUUCUAGUCUACAGAACUUGGUGACAGUAUGGGCAUCGGACACUGAACUUACCGGCAGAAUACCUGACUUCAUAGGGAAUUGGUCGAAGCUUGCUACACUGAGAUUUCAAGGUAACUCUUUUGAAGGUCCUAUUCCGUCAGCAUUCUCAAAUCUAACUUCUUUGACAGAGUUGAGAAUAAGUGAUUUGACGAAUGGAAGUUCAUCGCUGGAGUUUAUGAAGGAUUUGAAAUCCCUAACUAUCCUAGUACUAAGGAACAACAAUAUUUCUGAUUCAAUUCCACCCAGCAUUGGCGAAUUCCAGAAUUUGACACAACUAGAUUUGAGUUUCAACAAUUUGAAUGGAGAUAUCCCCGCUGCGCUUUUCAAUAUGAGUGCACUUAGUCACUUGUUUCUAGGAAAUAAUAGUUUGAGUGGUUCCUUGCCUGCCCAAAAGAGUUCUUCACUCCGCACCAUAUCUUUUGCUGUCUAAAAGAGCAGAUUUCUGGUGAAAUAUGGAAACAUGGAAGAUGCUGAGCUUAUAUGAAUCAAUAUCAUUUCAAUGAGUCUUAAAUCAAAUGCAUUUAAAAAUUCCUUCCUGGAAUGUCUACUUAAAAUUCGUCUCUUAUUAAAUUGGCAA